AUGCCGCCCAAACGAAUGACAGCCAACCCCACGCGACCGGCGCGCUACCGCCCGGGCAAACCCACCGCCGCCGAAGAACCAUCCUCCUCCGAAGAAGACGAAUCCGACGCCGACGAGGGGCAGGAAGAAGAACAACAACGACAACAACAACCAACAAACUCGACCGCCGCCGCGCCAAAAGCUUCAUCCUUCCCCAAAGACGCGUCCGCGAAGAUCGCCAGCAACCUCAAAAACGUCGACCUCAACGCGCGCCGGCAAGCAGCCGCCGCGGCGGAGGCGGCGCGGCUGGAGGCGGAGAAGGCGGCGCGGGCGGCGGCGGAGGAGGGGUUCGAGACGGAGGAGGAGGAAGAGAGCGGCGGUGGGAGCGGCGAGGGCAGCGAGAGCGACGAGAGUGGCAGCAGUGAAGAGGAGGAGGAGGAUAGCAGCAGUAACGAAGACGAGGCUGCGGCGAGGCGCAAGAAGAUGCUGCGCCCGGUGUUCGUGCGGAAGGACCAGCGGAAAGGCACGAGUGCGGGGGCGGCGGCGGCGCAGAAGACGGAAGACGAGGUCUUUGCGGAGGAGGAGGCGAAGCGGAAGGCGAGGGCGGACGCGCUCGUGCAGGAGCAGCUGGAGCGCGUGGCGGCGGAGCGGGCGGCGGGCAAGAAGCAGUGGGACGACGAGGACAACCUGGGGGACCUGGACGACGUGGACGACGCGGACGGCGUGGAUCCCGAGGCCGAGUUCGCGGCGUGGAGGCUGAGGGAGCUGCGGCGGGUGAAGCGCGAGCGCGAGGCCAUCGAGGAGGCGGAGAAGGAGCGCGAGGAGGUGGAGCGCCGCAGGGGGUUGACGCAGGAGGAGCGCGACGCGGAGGACCGCGAGUUUAUCGAGAGGCAGAGGGAAGAGCGCGCGGGCAAGGGCACGAUGAGCACGAUGCAGAAGUACUUCCACAAGGGCGCGUUCUUCCAGGACGACCUCAAGGACGCGGGGCUCGACCGCAGGGACAUCAUGGGGUCGCGGUACGUUGACGACGUGCAGAACAAGGAGGCGCUGCCGGAGUACAUGCAGAUUCGGGAUAUGACGAAGCUCGGCAAAAAGGGGAGGACGAGGUACAAGGACAUGAGGAGCGAGGAUACCGGGCGGUGGGGCGACUUUGGUGACCGUAGAGGCAAGGGCGGCGGUGCUUACUACAAGGGAGUCGAUGAACGGUUCAGACCGGAUGGUGGUGAGGUGGAGGGUAGAGCUGGCGCGACCGGCGCUAAUGCGAGCGCUGUGGGUGAGCGGAAGAGACAUGGGGAUGACAGGGAGGACCGGGAUGGGAAGCGGCCGAGGGUGGCAGACUGA